AUGCCUCCCAUCGUUGCUAAACGACGUUUUCGCUUCUCUAUCGCUCGCCCACCGACCACUGGUCCUAUUGUACUUGCUGUCUGCAUGGGAGAAGAGCUGCAAGGGAUUCCUGAAGCUCGCCUGGUGGAUCAACUUGCCCGCCGCAAUGCCACUCCGCGUCCUCCAACCCCUCCGGUCAACACGACGAGACCGCACACAACCAAUGUGGUGCCUCGUCGCAAUGCUACUCCAGGUCCUUCAAACCUUCCAAGACAAUAUAUGCUUGAUUCAGUUGCUCGCCGCAAUGCCACUCCAAGCUUUUCAAACCUUCCGGUCAUUCCAAGACCACAACACGUUGUCGAUACAUUACCUGAUUUCAAAAACAGACCUCUUGAGUAA